ACCCUUGGCGCCAUGUCCAAGAACGAGAUUUUGUCGUGCGAUACUGUCACGGCGACCUUGUCGAGUGAUCAGGAUUACGACUGCGGAAUGAGCUUGUUUGAUCGCAAGACGCAGAGCAUGUCCCCAGAAGAGAAGCAUACUGCGGUAAAAGCAGCGCGCUUCGGUUAUGGGCCAUUAGCAGCGCUAGGCCCGAGUGCGGCGCAGCAUCUGCACUCUGCGUAUUCUAAGGAUGUUCAGCCAAGUCUCUGUUGCCAUGCGCACAAACGCAAGUUUGCAAAUGCCGCGCCGCUGGGGUUUUGCGCGUUCGCAUUGUCCAUCUUUUUGGUCUCCUUAAUCGAUAUUGGCACAUUAGGUCUUAAUGACCCAAGUUUUAUGAUUUGUAUCGGCAUUGCAUACGGUGGCCUGAUCCAGGUCCUUGUGGGUAUGUGGUCAAUUGCAUCGUGCAACACAUUUGAUGCCGUGACGUUUACAUCGUACGGUGCAUAUUGGAUUUCCUACGCCAUCCUCUUAAUAUCCGGCCCUAGUGGGGUGCAACAGACCGUCUUUUCCAAAAAAGAAACCACGAAGGAUUUGCUGCACACUGUCGGGCUGUACAUGUUUUCAUGGUUUAUUUUCACGACCCUGAUGCUUUUGUGCACGCUCAAAUCCACGCUUCCCUCAUUUAUGCUUUUCCUUUGCUUGGAUUUGAAUUACUUAUUUCUUGGCCUGGCGUAUGUGCGCAAUGAUGGUGAACUUGCACAAACAGUUUUACUUCAUAUCGCUGGUGCAUUUGGGAUUGGAGCUGCAUGUUCAGCUUGGUACAGUGCCUUUGUUGGCGUUGCGGACAAGAGCAACUCCUUCAUCAUCCUCCCUGCACUGACCUUCCCUUGGGCAUAUCAAGCGGAAAGCUAUGAUGAGGAAAAGAUCGAGCAUGGGGCAUAG